GAUACAUGUUAAAUAAUGCCAGAUCCCACGAAAUUAUAAAGAAAGAUACGCUACCAAUAUCUAAAGGAUCAAUUUUAAAAUGGAUAGGGUUUUCCACGGAAGGGCUGCCUGCAAUGUUUGAUUCGAAAGGUGUUCUUAGUAUCCUUCACCAUCACCGCCAAUAUAACCAAGCAAGAUGGGUGCCGGUUCUGGAUGUUUCGAUUAAUCGUAAAGAAGAAGAAAUAAAUUGGAUUUAUUGGCCUGUUUGGCUUACUGGAACAACCCUUUUUUGUUUCAUUUGCAAGGAUGGAGAUGCCUAUCCUAAUAUUCCUCGACCACUUUUCGAUGAGAUUAGUUGGAAAAUUCCAAUUUGGAAUUUAGACAGACCAGCUGGCCAAUUUGAAGAAAAGCAUGUAUUUGUACGAUUGUCUAUUGUCACGAGUUUUGAAUUUGAAGAAGCCAUGGCAAAGAAUGAAUUAGACAAAGUGCGACAAAAUAUCAAAAUGAAAAAUAAAGAAAUGGACAAAGCAUUAGUGGAAAUGAUUCAU